CGUUACCGGAAGCCGCGAGCGUUUAUAGCAACCGGCCACUGCGGGGAUAGAAGCAGCUGGGAAGGAUGAGAAUAAGUGUGCGGUGCGGCGCCGCGCUCCCUCCCUGAGCGUCACGAGUAGUUCGCUUCGAGUUCCUCCGUGUUACACACACACACUCGCGCAUAAAGGCAGUUUGGGCGUUUGUUUUGCUGUGCGCCCGGGUGGAGCGAGGCUGCCUGGCUGCUGCGCCGCGGUUGGUAACGGCGCUCCGCUAUGAAGCCGCAGCGUCUCCAAGGCCGCGGUGGAAAAGACCUCGAGAGGCGGUAGAAACCUCUGGAGCUCCUCUCCAGCGCCCUACGCUCGUCCUCCGCGCUCCAGUAAAAGCCGAAAGGGCCCAGAGCUCCUGAAAGUACCGUUGUUUGUUCCAGUGAGAGGUGUGACAUGGUGGUGCGAGUUGCACGCAGGUAGUGCCCUUGUGAUCCUGUGAACAGUCUUGAGAGGAACCUAGCAAGACCAGAACUGCGAGGGAGCCGCGAGGCCCCCCCAGCACUCGCAAUCAUGCUGGAGGAGGACAUGGAGGUGGCCAUAAAGGUGGUGGUUGUGGGCAAUGGGGCCGUGGGCAAGUCCAGCAUGAUCCAGCGCUACUGCAAGGGCAUUUUCACCAAGGACUACAAGAAGACUAUCGGCGUGGACUUCCUGGAGCGCCAGAUCCAAGUGAAUGACGAGGAUGUGAGGCUGAUGUUGUGGGACACCGCAGGCCAGGAGGAGUUUGACGCCAUCACCAAAGCCUACUACCGCGGGGCCCAAGCCUGUGUGCUGGUCUUCUCCACCACGGACCGGGAAUCUUUCGAAGCCAUCACCAGUUGGAGGGAGAAGGUGGAGGCCGAGGUUGGAGACAUUCCCACGGUCCUGGUCCAGAACAAAAUCGACCUUCUGGAUGAAACGGUGAUAAAAAACGAAGAGGCUGAAGGCCUUGCUAAAAAGCUGAAGCUGAGGUUUUAUCGUGCAUCUGUGAAGGAGGAUCUCAAUGUCAACGAAGUUUUCAAAUAUUUAGCAGAGAAGUAUCUGCAGAGACUCAAGCAAAAAAGUGCAGAGGAACCUGAAAUAAUCCAUACAACUAGCAAUAAAAUUGGUGUUUUCAACACUGUCAGUGGAAGUCACCCCAGUCAGAACUCCAGCAGUGUAAACGGGCGUGAGGUCAUCAGCCUGCGGCCAAACAAGCAGAGGACCAAGAAGAGCAAAACCCCUUUCGGUAGCUGUAGGCUGCUAUGAAAGUCACGAGUGUGUUCACGUGGACUGCCUAGUGCGCUCCAAGACAGGUGUGCUGUCAGGGAGAGAUGCUUUUGUGUGAUUGUUGGGGCACGUUCACGACGCUCCGGGGUAGAGCAGCGACGACUCAAACCCAACCCAUGUUCAUAAGGCUGUUUGUGAGGUUUUGAUGACCCCAUCUAACUCUCGAUGACCAGUGUUUGUUUCCAUUCCUUUCUCAAGGACGCCAGUGCAGGAUUCAGGAAGUAUCCCAGAGCGGAAGCGAAGUGCGCAACUUCCAGUUACUGGUCUUGGCAGGGUAAAGAUAAUCUGAGCGGUUUACGUUUUUGGUAGCUAUAUUUGACUCGAAUAUUUUAAUUCAUUUUCCGCAUUCCUCCUGGCAUCGAGCGUCCGAGGGUUGCAGUCGUCCAGGUCUAGUGCUGCUUUUGAUCCGCUGUCCUCGUAAACGUGCCCCGUCGAGCUACCAGACUACCUAGCUUAAUCUGAAUUGAACUCUAGCUCCUCCUCCUGGCUGUGUCUGGUAGGACAGCCAGAGAGAGCUGUUUAGAGAGCAGUGCACCAAGUCUGAAUGGAACGUACAUAUUUCUUUCUAACAAUUUAGUAUAUUUUCACACACUGUACAGAUCAGCAUAACAUUGCACUCGUUUAGAAAUGUAUGCUUAUAACAGGUUACCAUCUGUGCAUUUUACUGUUCAUCUGUGCAAUAUGUUUCUAUUAGAUAUAUACAGAUCACUGGGUCUUAUUUUUAAUUAGACAUGGGAUAUGCUUCAGGACAUGGUGAAUGAAACAUAUUCAGGCAAACUUAAAAAAAUGUAACCAUGAUAUUUUUCUAUAGCUUGAAAGUGUUUAUCAGACAUUGGCAGAUUGCCUGCAGUUUUAGAGGUAACAGUGCCAAAUUGUUUAUAUUUGUUGCCUUUUUUUUUUAAUCAUAAUGGGGGGAAAAAAAUGUUAAUGCAGCAUUUAAAUAGUGCUACAGUAAAUUUGUGUAUUAAGUAUACACAUUUAUACAGAGACUGGAUUGCAUCGCUGCCUGUUUCACGAAAGACCACAGAGCAGUGGGUUGUCUUAAGUGGAGCGGAUGGGUUCGAAUGAAGGCUUUAAACGUCCUUUAGGUGGCAUCCUCCUUAACCGGUUAACUCGUCUUGCUACGAUGUGUGGUCUUUCGUCAUUCUUAUUCUUUGGCUAGCUUUCUCACCAAGCUUUUGAAAAGAGAAUAAUUAGAAUAACUAAGACGUGGAAGUGUGUAGCACUGCUGCAUACAAAGGUGUUUUUUUUUUUUUU